CCAAAAAUUAAAUUAAAUAUAUAAACAAAAAUAAGAAGCAAAAAAUACAAAGAAAACCCCAAAUCCAAGACAAAGAGAGAGACUCAAAUCUCUCUCUCUGAUCAGAUCGGACACCCUCCGCGAAACGCAAUACACCGCACGCAAUUUCGAUUCCUUUGUUUCUCCCAAACUUUAUUUUCUCAAAUUUUGAAAUUAUUUCCCAAUUUUUAUGAAUUCCUUUCAUUGCACCGUUAUUGUUCCUCAGUUCCGCGAUCUGGGAAAUUCCUUCUGAUGCUAGGGUUUGGGGUUGCGAGGGUGAUGGCGUUUUACGCGUUGAGGUUUUGAAUUUCUGCGUUUUUCUUUUUCGUUCUAGAUCGUUUGUUCGUGGUUCUCUAAUGGCAUCGGCUCAGGUGCUGCCUAACUCCUCCGCGUCGUCGCGGAAGCAAGAGCAUCUUGAAGCUGGCAAGCGCCGGCUGGAGGAGUUUCGUAAAAAGAAAGCUGCAGAGCGAGCCAAGAAGACUUCAAACUCUAGCCAAGUUAACAAUUCUGAUGAUAACUUGAAUAAAAAACAAUCUUCUGAAGUUGAAAAUGUACGCAUUAACGAGUUUGAUGGAGUUACGACAUCUGAUGGUGUGGGAGGAGCUGUUACUGACAGUUCAACUUUGGGGAUUGGUAAUGACAAGAAUCAGAAUUUGUUUAGCCAAAGUAGUAAUCAAGGGUCUUUGGCUGAUAAAACUUCUUCUGUGAGGAAUGAUCUUAGUACACCUACAAAUUUGGUGGAGGCAAAUUCCAAUACUGAUGAAUAUAGUAGAUAUAAUGCUUUAGUUACCGAAUCUGCGGAUUUUAGUCAAAACAAUGAGACAAAUAAUGUGAAUGAUAUAUAUGGAAUUCCAUCAGGGGCAACAAACCACCAAAGUGUUCUUCUACACCCGCAGGAAAGUCAAGAAUUCGAUAGUAGUGCUAGUCAAUUUAGUUUACAUGGGAUGAAUGAUGACCAGUCAAACAAGAGUAGCAGCUCUUUGAAGGAAUAUGCUGUUACUAAUAAUCUCACUUCACAUUUUCCUUCAAAAAGCAUACCUCAAAACUCUGUUGAUGUUCUACAGCAAAUCAAGCUGACAAAUUCUAGCACUUUAGAUAGUGGCUACUCACAUAAUUCGCUUUCUGGAGGUUUCAGUGAGUCUUUCAGCUCCAAGUUUAGUAGCUCUGAUAAUAAUCUGCCUAGUCUUCAUGGGGCAAAUAUGCCAAAAUUUAAUUCCACAGGUUUGGAAGCAAGAAGUUCCUCUUAUAAUAGACCAAUACUUCCAUUGCCAGUGGAGUCUAGUUCUAGGAGGUCACGUCCAUCUUUUCUUGAUUCUCUAAAUGUCACCAAAACUUCUUUGGGCUCUCCAUUUCCUCAAUCAGAGCAAAGUUCCUCUAUGUCCAACCAUCUAGAAUCAAGCAGCAAUGAUAUACCAGGCUCUACUUAUUUCCCUAAGCCACCUGAAGAGACUAAAAGUGUGCCACUUUUCCCAAAUUUUAGAACUGAGAAUGUUGAUAAUGAUAAUCAUGGUACUCUGUUAAGUGCUAAGGAAAAUGGCAUGGAGAAGAAUGCGUAUUACUCAUCUUCAAAAAAUGAAGACUUUGCUGCUUUAGAACAGUAUAUUGAAGAUCUAACAAAAGAGAAGUUUUCCUUGCAACGUGCUCUUGAGGCUUCUCAAGUGUUAGCUGAGUCACUAGCUACUGAAAAUUCAACUCUAACUGAUAAUUAUAAUCAACAGAGAAGUGUUGUCAACCAAUUAAGAUCAGAUAUGGAGAAGUUACAAGAAGAUAUCAAAGCCCAACUGGCUGAGCUUCAGGCUUUCAAGAGUGAGUAUACAAAUGCUCAACUAGAAUGUAAUGCAGCUGAUGAGCGUGCAAAAUUAUUAGCAUCUGAAGUUAUUGGUUUAGAGGAGAAGGCACUCAGACUAAGGUCCAGUGAGCUAAAGCUUGAGAAGCAGUUGGAAAAUGCACAAGCUGAAAUUUCUUCAUACAGAAAGAAAAUUUCUAGCCUAGAUAAAGACCGCCAUGAUUUGCACUCCACUAUUGAUGCCCUACAAGAAGAAAAGAAGCUGCUGCUUUCUAAGAUGCGAAAGGUUUCAACCACUGGAAAGUCUAUCGAGAGUCAAACAAGUAAAAGGGAUAUUUCUACAUCCACCGAGGACUUAGCAAGUGAAGAUCCAGCUUCUAACUCUUCUAACUCAGAAAUCAAUGAUAAUGCUGCUGAGGCCUCUAGUUCGUCGUCCUUAGUUCCUGAAACUAGACGCUCAUCUCUUGGCGUUUCUCCUGUUAAUAUUCCUCAUGAUCAAAUGAGAAUGAUUGAGAACAUUAAUGCACUUAUUUCUGAGCUGGCAUUAGAGAAAGAAGAAUUGAUAAAAUCCUUGACAUUGGAAUCAUCUGAGUGUUCCAGGAUGAAGGAAAUAAACAAGGAGUUGUCCCGAAAACUUGAGGUCCAGACACAAAGAUUAGAGCUUUUGACUGCUCAAAGCAUGGUCCAUGAAAAUAUUUCUACUAAGCAACCAGAUUCCCGCACUGUGUAUGAGAACACCCAAUAUGCAGAUGAGGGUGACGAGGUUGUGGAAAGGGUGUUGGGAUGGAUUAUGAAGCUGUUUCCUGGUGGACCUUCAAGAAGGAGAACCAGCAAACUUCUUUGAUAGGAUCUACAUCGGACUUAUAUUUGUUGUCACCAAAGUCUUACCCAACUGUUUGGAUGAAUCAUGAAGCUGUUUCCCAGUUGCCACCAAGGUAAAAAGAAUCAGCACAUUUCAACCCCAGAUCCAUGAGUAACAUGUCGACAAAAGUCUACCGAGUUGCUUUUUGUUCUUGUAACCUCCUCAACAGAGUGGAGUUCGUGAUCUGUAAAUUUUGAGUGAAUUAUACAACAAAUUCUUGAAAAGAACUGACUUUCUCUUCUGAGCUGCUGCUUAUUGAUCGGUGGUGAAUCCGGCUGCAAUUAUUUUGGAAGAUGGUAAUAAAAUCUGUUGUGCCGUUUUAUCUCUGAUUGAAUUCCAAAUUUUGUGGGUAUAUAACAUUUGGGUAUGAAAGAGACCGUACUAAGAAGCUUAGUGAGAGAGACAGAUGAAUUGUUAGAGAAAAAUGAGAUGUGAGAACAUUUGUUGAAUGUAUAUGCUAGAUAGAGAAGGGCAAACAAAAGAUUAUUGUAUUGACAUGUAAUUGGAGUGUGUAUUUUUCAGUGCUUCACCUCACUUAUGAACAUUAUAUUUCCUUAGUAUAUACAGUGAACUACAUUUACUAGUUA